AUGCAGAAUCCAAAAUCUGCUUUUUUCUCUAUAGAAUCUCUGUUUUCACAUUCUCAUCAGAAUUUAUGCCAGUCAUUUUGUGUAGACCAAUCAGUGCUUGUAUUAGUACCCAAUCCAUCAGAUCCCCAUCAACUCAUCCGCCUAAAUCACGUUUCAUUCGACUUUGAUUGCCGAAUAAAUUAUGGAAGAAUAUUCUGUUAUGACUGUCGGACUGUUGAAGCCAUUCAGGAUCGUGUUCUGACAAAUCAAGUGGGAGCAAUCCAACUACUAAUCGGAGGUUGUUUGAGAGCUAGCAAGACAGACAAGUUACCACUUCCAGGCGCACCAAUCGAGUUGAGAAUAGAACUGGAUAUUAAUAACUAUUUGAGACGUACGAGCAGGAUCCCAAGCAUGUCAUGGGCGCGUAUGAUGUGGACAGUUGCGUCGCGGGCCGACCUUGUUGCAUUUACGGGUGUUUAUUUCUCGGUUCUUGGCGGUGCUUAUAGCUCCCUUGGAAAGACCAACAGCUUUUUUGCCCACAAGGCAAAAACACUGGCUUUACAGCAGAUCAGACUAGCACAAUGGUUAAAAGAUCCAAUUUUGGAAUGCAAAUGUUGGUUAUACUACGCAGAAGAUCUCUUGCAACUUGGGAAAUUCAAACGAGCAACGGAAAUCAUUAGACGACAGACAGCCUACGCUGAGAUUUUAAAUGAUGGAAUUCUAUUGAAUAUGUGCCAGUCUGUGUAUGCGAAGAAGGAGAUGGCUCUGUUGACAAGACAGGUAAAAACUAAGAAAAUGAAGUGA